GAAGGCCCUCCUCGCGUUCGUCCAACGCCAGCGUCUCCAGGUCCUGUUCCGCAGCUCUUCGCUCGUCGUCUGUCGCCAGCUCGACAGUGUUCGUUGCCAGCUUCCUGUUGUCCGUCGAUCUCCGUCAAAUCUCCGCUCCCUGCCCUCGCCGAAGUCUUCCCUUGUUAAUGCUGAGCAAAGCCAUGGGAUUUAGAAACCUGGGGCCACUUGGAUUAUUUGCCAAAGAGGGGUUGGAAAAAGCAUUCUCUCUUGGAAAGUUCUUCUGUUUUCUACAUGUCACCGACACCUAUUUGGUCACCUUUGUUGUGACAUCUGGUCCCAGCAUGCUUCCCACAAUAGAUUUGAUCCCAACAAUGUUUUUGGGUGAAAGGAUCUCAACUAGAUUUGGUAAAGUUACUCGUGGAGAUAUUGUGAUUAUUCGCUCCCCUCAAAACCCUAGGAAGCUUAUUGCUAAACGAUUGGUUGGAAUGGAGGAUGAUACUGUUACAUACAUUUCUAACCCUGAUGAGCCUGAUAAGCAGGAAACUAUUGUGGUUCCAAAGGGUCACGUUUGGAUACAGGGUGAUAAUGCAUAUAAAUCCAAUGAUUCAAGGAAUUUUGGUGCUGUUCCUUAUGGACUUAUUCAGCACAGGCUAUUUUGGAGGGUAUGGCCAAUCAAAGGUUUUGGACCUUUCUGGAAACACUGAUGUGAGUGUACUUUAUGAUUCUCAAGUGAAGUUCAAUGAAAUUCAGCUUCACAAAUCCCCUUUUCGUUUCCCUCUCUCUCUCCUCUCUCUCUUCUCUUCGAUCUCAUACCGUACAAUUUGUUCAAGUUCACUAGCUUUUCUAUCCUAAUUCCAUUGAUUCCAAUAUUAUGUUUCUAAGUUGCACAUUUGGAGCCUUAGGUGGCAAAAAAAUAAUACAAAAUAUACUAUCUUGUCAAAAGAUAACAAUGAGAUAAAUAGUUUAAAAUUUAACACUCCAGUAAAUAGAUCUAUGAUACUUGG